GACUAGGGAGGAAAAGGAGCAUUUUUAUAACUAGCUUAUCCAAAACCAGAGUACAAACAAAUGGCUCUCCUCGCCUGUAAUCCACUUCCCUCUCUAUCUUCUUCUCCAUUUCCUUCUUGCUCCACGUCGUUGCCCAUCUUCGUUUUACCAAGUAUGUCUGCUUUUUCGUUUCACUCCGUCUUCUCUGGGAAUUUUCAUCGAACACCUCUUGUCAUUGAUCUUGUCCCCAACAAGAAAAGAUCGGGGAUGAUUGUGAAAGCAUCUGCUGAAAGUACCGAUGGCGAGCAACAGGUUCCAUCGGAAACCAAGAAGGAAGAUUUGGCUGUGGGACAACUUCCUUUAGAGACUAAGAUGCAGCAGUUAGCGGAGCAGAAGAUGAGGAUGAAGCUGGCCAAGAAGAUAAGGCUCCGUAGGAAGCGACUUGUUCGCAAGAGAAAGCUGAGGAAGAAGGGACGCUGGCCUCCUUCUAAGAUGAAGAAAUUGAAGAAUGUAUGACCUUUUGCUUACUCUUUUCAAAUUCCUUCUUUUUAUCGUGUAGAUGUUAUAUGCUUUUGAGCAGUGAUGACCUCAAUGAACUGAAUCUGCUGUUAUUCGAUUUCAUUUUGGAAUCUCAAAGAUGUAUGAUCUAAGUACUUGCCUGAUUUUGCUAUCUCCUAGGUGAAAUUCAAGCUAUUUGUUCAUUUGAUACUUAAAUGCAUCCCAUUCCCAAGCGUAUA